GAGGUAGCAGCAGAGGUGCAGCAAGAGCCCCCUCUAUCCAAACAGGGACCCCCUUCUGCCAGCCCAGAGACCAGGAAUCGGAUCUACUUAUGGAUUGUAUAGGAGCCCCCAAGGGUGUCUAACUGAGUGGGAUCAAGACUCAGGAGGCAAAGAGGAACACAAGCCCCCCCAUUAAAGCAAAUCUGUGUCUGGGGUGAGGAGUCUGGAAACCUAACUUGGGAUUUCUAUUUUUUUUUUUCAACUGGAUUCCCAAAAAGAAACAGAGGUGCACCCUCUCCUGGCUGACAUCCACCUUGGAAUUAGAGCAAGAAUUACAGUGUUUAUAUUUUACUUUUUUUUUUAUAGCUGAUUAAGUUUUUUGUGGGGGGAUUCUUGGAGAUUCUGGGACCCCCUUAUUCUUGCUGCGAUCCCUGAUGGACUCUGGUUGUGCAGACAGGGUCUCUCUGUCCAGGUGCUGAGCACUGUGUAAAAACUAUAGGGGUACCCUUUACUCUGCAUAUUUGAGGGGUGUUUGCAACUGGAAAAGAACUAUUACCUGCCAGCUGGGUAUCAACCCUGAGAUUUGGGGAGAUUUAUCUUGUUCAAGAAGAGGGAGAGUUCCCCUACAUUCUAAGGACCUAGGGGAUCUGAUGUUGGGGAUCCUGUUUUAAGAAAAGGGGGUUCCAGUCACCUCGAUCUGAUUUACAGGGAGUGUGUGAAUUUUUCCUUUUUUUAGGGGAUACCCCCUCAAAUUCUUCUCUGGAUUUUACCUAUUCUGGAGCUGCAAGGUUCUAUAUUCCUGGAUUUAACUGACUUAAAUUUGGAUUAUUUAACUGUCCUUUAACUGAAUUAUAAUGAAGAACUCCUUGGGAUUACUAAUACCCUGCAGUGCAAUGACAUUAAGGCACCUAUUAUUGUUGAUAGUGACCCUGAGUUGUGUGUCACAGGCUAUAGUAGAAGCCGGUUCAUGGUGGUCGCUGGCCAUGAAUCCGGUGCAGAUCCCCGAGGUGUAUAUAAUUGGGGCUCAGCCCCUCUGCAGCCAGUUAUCAGGACUGUCCCAGGGACAGAAGAAACUCUGCCAGCUGUACCAGGACCACAUGCAAUACAUUGGGGAGGGGGCAAAGACUGGCAUCAAAGAGUGCCAGUACCAAUUCAGGCACAGGAGGUGGAACUGCAGCACAGUGGACAAUACCUCUGUAUUUGGUCGGGUCAUGCAGAUAGGAAGCAGAGAGACCGCUUUUACUUAUUCCAUCAGUGCUGCUGGAGUUGUGAAUGCAGUGAGCCGAGCCUGCCGAGAGGGGGAGCUCUCAACCUGUGGCUGCAGUCGAGCAGCCAGGCCAAAGGAUUUACCCCGUGAUUGGCUAUGGGGUGGCUGUGGGGAUAAUUUAGAUUAUGGCUUUAGAUUUGCAAAGGAAUUUGUGGAUGCUCGAGAAAGGGAGAAAAUCUAUCAGAAAGGAUCCUAUGAGAGUGCCAGGAUUUUGAUGAAUCUGCACAAUAAUGAAGCUGGGAGAAGGGCUGUAAGCACAUUGGCUGAUGUUGCCUGUAAAUGCCACGGUGUUUCUGGAUCUUGCAGCCUAAAGACCUGCUGGCUUCAGUUGGCCGACUUUCGCAAAGUGGGAGACCUGUUAAAGGAAAAAUAUGACAGCGCCGCAGCCAUGAAACUAAACAGCCGAGGAAAACUGGUACAAGUGAACAACAAAUUCAACUCUCCAACCACAAACGAUUUGGUUUACGUUGACCCGAGUCCCGACUAUUGUGUUCGCAAUGAAAGUACCGGAUCGUUGGGGACCCAGGGUAGGCUGUGCAAUAAAACCUCAGAGGGCAUGGAUGGAUGUGAGCUCAUGUGUUGCGGAAGAGGAUAUGAUCAGUUUAAAACCAUUCAGACUGAGAGGUGUCACUGCAAAUUUCACUGGUGCUGUUAUGUGAAAUGUAAGAAAUGCACAGAGAUUGUCGAUCAGUUUGUUUGUAAGUAAGACUCAAUACAAAGACCUAUAUGGUACAUCUGACUAUAUUUAAAGAGAUCAUUUAGGAGUUGCAAACACAAGGCAACUGGAUCCAUUUCUCCUUGUAUCACACAACUGCUCGGUAAAACCUUUAAACCAACAAGAACAACAAAAACGAAAAAAAAAACAGAAAACAGAAUGGAAAAUAUUUAUUGAAAGAAUUAAAGAAUUUAGAGGUUUGUAAUUAGGGAAACUGUGACAAAGGUGCACGGAUUAAGAACAUGUACAGUAAGGUAAAGAUGUGUUUUUAUAUGGAGAUAUGGGUAAUCUGGGAGAAUAUUUGGACAGAUGAGCAAUCCCUUCAUCAGGCUGAGUGAUAAAAUAUUGUGGUUUGUUUCAAAAAACAAGGACUCUUCUUACCAUUUAUAUUGUGAUCGCUUUCUGUUAAGAUCUGACCGUUAAAUUAUCUAACCAUAAAUCUACUACUCAUUCUGUAUUAAUGGUUACUGGGAUGGCUGUGUACGUUGCAUACAAGUCUUUAUAGGUUCUGUUUAAAAUGUCAAUAUUUAUAUCAAUAAGUGAUCAGAAAUUGCAAGAUUUUACUCCCCUCCCCCAUAUUUCCAAGUUGCUUAAUACAAAAGCAAAAAAAGUUGAGGAUGACAUUUUUUUUCCAUCCACCAUUUUUUUUUUUUACAAACCAUUUGAUGGGUAAUUUAGUCACUUAUAUGGCAAAUUAUUAUUGCCACUUUUUAUUAAGAUUUUUUUUUAAAUAUAUUUUUUUAAUUUAUUUUUAAGAUAGUUUGCUGCCAAAGAUGUGUCUCUGUCAUCCCAGAUAAACAUCUAUUCAUCACACAAUCAUGAAGUAUUUUUGAGGGGAUAAUAUUCAUAUAAUGUUUUUUUUUUUGUUUUAGAGUUAAAAUGUCAGAGAUACACAUUUUUUCACGAUCUAAAACCGUUUUAUCAUUGGGAAACAUUACUAUGCAGUACUAUUUUUUUGUCGUCAUACUUGUGCUUAUUAUCACUAUAAACUAAGCAUCAAUUACAAUAUGGUUUCAUUUAUGGGAAUUUUGUGGUCUGCUGUCUUCUAUUUCAAAGCUUUGUGACUAUAUGUGUACAUAUAUAUAUAUGUGUAUAUAUAUAUAUAUAUAACCUUAAAUACUGCCAGUAAUUAAAUGUAUAU